AAACACACGAAAAAACUCAACAAAAACAUAAACGCAGGACACAAAAAAAAGUUGCGCUGUAACCGAUCGUUCUUUCAAACGUUCAUAGGUAAUUUCAUAAUGUAAGUAUUAAAAAAAAUGGACAAAAUCUGUUGUUUUAAACAGUGCUUCCAGAUGGGGGACAGAAGAGUGUCUGCAGGUGGUACAAGUCCAUUUCAACAACCUGCUCCAGAUUAUUCCAACAGACGAGCUACGCUUAACAUAGAAGACUCAUUACAGCUCCUUCAGGUCCAGGGAGUCAACUUGAAGGGGCUCAAUGGGGGAAGUUUUGUAUUCAGUAGCCGUAGUAGCACAGCUAGUGAUCUAGAGCAGCAGAGAGAAUUGGCUAGAAGUUCUUUGCAACGUGCCUCGGCUACAGGCAUCCCUUCAAAAUACCUCGUCCCAAACUACUCAAAAAUCGACACGAUUUCAUACAAUGACAGCACAAUCAGUGAUAGCGAUCUGCUGGGAACACCCAAGAAUACAUCUACACCAAGAUCUUCACAACACAUUGAGACAUCUACACCUCAAAGUCAUAGCACCAGUCCAAGAGCUUCUUCAAGACUGAGUAGUAGCAGUGCUAGAUCUGAAUUGAAGAAAACCUAUAAGAAAGAUAGCUCUGGUUUCAAACCUGGAGAACAAGCAGCUAGCAUGCUAUUGGCUGAUGAGUUGUCAUGGAAACGUCAAAAUCAAAUACUACCUGUUUCUGUAAAUGAAGCAAUCUCUAUGUUAAGUGAGCCACCUAUAAGGAAUGUAUCAAUAGGGGAGUACUUUCAGCAGAAUUUUGAUAACAUGUCAUUAUUUACUGGGGCUUCCAGCCCUCCAAAGUCGACUAGCCCUGUUCCUUUGAUAGAUGAAACAGUUCAUACUGUGUUAAGUGAUUUGUCAACGAAAUUAGAAGCUGAUUUUAGCGGACUUUCCCUGAUUCAAGAAGUCAUCAAAGAUAUGCAGUGUACCCCAGCAACUGCAGCUGAGAAACUUUUGAAAAAGACUGAGAAAAAAUCAAGGCCAUCAUCAACCUAUGUCAAAGAGAUCCCAUCAGUACCCAUGAGCAAAAAUUCUUCAUACAGCACGGACCAUUCGGACAACGAGGCCCUUAGAUCAAUAGUGGAGAAAGAAAACAGAAACACCCUAAACAUCACUGGCUCGAUAACGCAAGGAAGAAUAGAGCACUCGACACCAAAAUCACCGAAGCCUUCUCUACCGAGCUCUCCGCGCAGUUGCCAAUCACGAGCGUCUACGGUACAUUCCAGAAGUAGCUCAUCAGUGCCAUCUAGAAGCACUUCCAGUGUUCUGACUAGUUUGCCAGGCGGACGGCUGCCUAUUGAUAGUGAUAAAACUGAGUUGAUAUGGGGUUGUGUCAAAGUCGGCAGAUGCGAUACGCAGGAGUUCAGGCUCAGGAACAAGUCCUCCAAGAAAUUAGGGUUGCAGUUGAAUAUAUCUGGCCAAAAUUAUAAAAUCCGGAAAGACAGCAGGCAAGAUAGUGAGCCAUUGACCAGUUUCAAGAUGCUCAUGCAACCACAUGAAGUUAAAACUAUUAAAGUGUCAUUUAUUCCAACUAGAACAGGAGCUGCAGUGGGCCAGUUGAGCUUCACACCAAUUGAUCACAACUUGAAAAGUAUGAGUAACCAAAUUAUAAAACUAUGGGGCUAUGGAGGCAGUACAAAAAUAGAUUUAAAAAACUUAUCCAGAGAUACGUCAGGCAGAUUUUGGUUAUCACUUGGUACUUUAAACAAUAGUUCCCUGAUGGUUCAGAAGUUUUCAGUCAAAAAUACUGGACUUCUUCCUGGAUUUAUACAUCUCUCACUAGUGUCCAAGGAUCUAUUCAAGGUUACAGUUACGCCGAGCUUCUUCGCCCUCAUAUCCCAAGAGGAGAAAGAAGUAACUGUCACAUACAGGCAGACAAGUGAAGACCGAGCAAAGUUCAGCAAAUUGGUGAAGGACAACAUGGUGGUGGAUUUGGGUACGUUGAUCGCGACGUCAGGAGAGGAAGUAACGCGGGGUAGGUUGCGUCAGUUGUGUAAACAGUCGAUCGCGCGGAAUGAGGAUAUUGAUGAUUUGUCGAAUAUGUUGAUGCAGAGAAUCAACGGAGAGGUGAUGCCAGAAGAUUUAGCGAAGUUUAAAGAAGAUAGGAGUAACAUCCAACAGGUUUUAAAAUUACUAACUCGUAAGGAAAUAGUUUUAACUAUAGAAAUGGAUCCUGAUGAGACAAUAAUUCCACAAUUUUUGGAUGACUCUGAAAUGUUUCAAACACUUCUUCAAGAUGAUAGUUCAGCAGGCCUGAACGAAACAGUUGUCUCCACCUCAAUAAAACUAGAACCUUCCACUCUAAUCCUAACAGUUCCCAAGAAAAGGAGCGACUGUUUAUUCCUAUCGUGUGGUCGCAGCAAAUUCAACUAUGAGGUUUCUUCGACGCCAUCUGGUUUAACUGUCAAUCCUAAACAAGGUAAUGUAGAGCCGGGUAGGGAUGUCGUUAUCACAGUCAGCUACGAUGGCGCGGCUCCAGAGAAGAGAUUAGAAUUUAAUGUCACUGUGAGUUGUAAUGGUCAUGUACUUAUAGCCGUUGUGAAGGUAAUCUGUGAUCGGGUUUUGAAUAUGUAACAUACUUGUCGACCUUUUAAUUUUAUUGGUGAUAUGCAUUUUUAAGUUUUUUAUGGUGGUGGUCAGUUUUAUACUCGAAACGUUCCGAUUCUUAAUAUUAAGGAGUAACAUUCCUGUAAAGCUAUAUUCUCGUCAAAAGCUACCUGAUGUCAACCCAACUUCAACUGACUAAAGCAACUGCCAAGUAACUGACAGUCUCAUGUUAAGAUUGCGGUUAAAGCUACUACACUUGUUAAUGAGAAGGUGGAAUAUAAAUAAACUAUUUUGGUUCUUAAAAGCACUAAUACAAAGAAAAUCGUAUAAGUAACGUAUUUCAUAAUAUUACUUGAAAGCUUACAAACAUGCGUUGAAGAAGUACAGUCUGCAAUAAUCAAAAGUUUGCCAGUUUUGGCCUAAUACACAAGGUAAAAAAAUAUUUUUAAAAUAAUUUAUCUUAAAAUACUCUUCGGAGCUUUGUGGGGCGAGGCCAACUUAAAUUUAAAUAUUUACCGACCUAAAAAAUUAUAAUUAUCACGAUCACUGCCACGUUUGUCCUAUAGGACCAACACUCAUGUUGCCUCAGCAGGCCACAUUGGUCCAAUAGGGCCAACAUAUAUUUUGCCUUACCAGGCUAUGUUGGUCCCAUGGGGUCAACGCAUUUUCUGCUGCUGGGCCGUUGGCGCUCAUUUACCUAUGUACGCCUGCAGAAAUGGACCAACAUGGCCUAGAAGCUAUACGCCGCACAUAUAAUUUCUUAGCUUUUUCCAUUAUGACACCUGUUAAAAAAUAUGUCUGGCAGCGAACGUGUUAAGCAGAGUUUUAACCCAGUUAAAAUUUGUUUAAACAAUAUAUUUAAAUUGCGGCAGCACUUCAUAACGCAUUUCAUGCAGUUUGGCGGCGACUCCGGAUGAGUAUGCUGGUGCGUUAUCAUGGUGAAACACAGUAUCUUCAUUUUCGCCAAAUGUGGCCGUGUCUCCUUCAAUGUUUUGUCGAAGCGGUUCAAUAACUGUAGUCCGGUUAUCGUUCUUCCUCUUUCUAAAAAAAUCCAUGAGGAUGACGCCGUUCGCAUCCCAAAAAAUCGUCGCCAUGACCGGCCGAUGAGACCACCUUCGCCUUCUUUGGAGCAGAUGCUUAGUUUCUGGUUUCAUCAACGGUACUAACUCGACGCAAAAACUCCUCCGGAUUUCGCUUAAUUUGCUCCAAACACUGCUUCGAAGUUGACAGCCGUAUCCGCUUGUUGUCCAUAGUCAGCAAUCGCGCAUACAAUUUUUUCAUCUCCAGCUUAUCAUGUAAAAUAUUCAUUGCCGUUCCGAUCGACACACCCAGGUGCUAAUUCGCGCAGUUUCGUUCGUCGAUCAGCGAGAAUAAUGUCGAUGACUUUUUGAACGCUCCUCAUCAAAAACGGAUGUUCGACCACGUUUAAAUUCAUUGAACCAAUAUCUAACUUUGGUCAUAGGCUGGUUAGUGUCAGCGCUGACAGCUCAGCGCGUGGUUUGUCAGCGCGAAACGAUUUAGUAUCGUGCUGAUCGCCACGGAAUACAGUCGCAGACGCAAAAUCCUGAGAGCAAUAAUCAUUGCUGCUUUGUACUACGUAUUGAAAAGAAGGACAAACCGGCGACGAAGACUUCAUGUUCAUCCAUUGAUUGAGCAGAGAGCCGUCGCAGGAGAAUUAUACAUAUAUACAUUAUACGUCACUUUGAGGACUGAUGAAACAAAAUUCUUCAAUUACUUUCGGAUGUCGACUAGAACUUUCGACGAAUUACUGGCAAAGACAGAAAAUACACUGGUCCAUUCCAGUUUACGACGUGUGGUAUACCACCGAUUGAAAGACUGACGGUGACCUUAAGGUAAGAAAAAAACAUUUAUAUAAAUUAUCAUAAAGUAUAAUAUUCAUAGGAAAAUACAUUUUUUUCAUAUUAUUAUUAGUCAUUACUGCUGGCUGUUUGAUACCCCAAGUAACCUGGAGUAGCAUCAUCAGUUUUAUAUCCUGAGUAACCUGGAGUCGUAUUAUUAUAUGAUGACCCAUACGGAUCAUUUUGCAGCGGAGAUCUUAUAUCAUUCGAGUGGGAUGAUAGCGAGCUGUUUGUUCGGUAAUUGUAAUUUUUGACUUCUAUGGCAUCGCGCAAAACUCUCGACCGAAACUCCAGUUUUUGUUCAACAUCGGAAGAGUUCAAAAUUGGAUCCAAAGAAGAAAAAAAAGCCAGAUCGUCAGCGGCAAUAUCUGGUGUUUGAUUUUUCAGUAAUGUUAACAAAUUCCUUUCAAACGGUGAAUUUUCUUGUUUUUUUUUUGUUGUGACUUGUUUUUUCUUUUUUGACUCCAAGGUCUUUGUGAUGUUCUGGAAUCAACAGCAUGGCCGUUCUGGUCUUUCUGUAGAGUAUUUGAAGAAGCUUGAUGCGUUGGCAUAUCAGAAUAUUGUGUAUUUUCUCAAGGUACCAUAUUCCCCGGUAAUGCCAUAUUAUCCAUAUUUGCUUAGGGUGAUGGUGUGUUUUCUUUCAGUAGAUUCAUCAACUUCAUUCAGAUCUGACUGAGUCAGAAAGCUUAGUUCAUCAUAAUAGAUACACUUUUUGUACUUUGGUGCAGCACUUCCAGAAGGUGUUUUUUUCAUAGCGUUAAAAUAUGCAUCCGUUUUGCUGAAACAGAAAAACAUUUAUUAUUUUCAGAUUUUUGGCUACGGGUCGGACAUAUACAGAUCUGCAUUAUUCAUUCAGGAUUGGAAUUGUAACAUCAGUCUAAUCGUAAACGAAGUUUUAUAGGUAAUAUGGGAAACACUACACGAGGAAUGCAUACCAACAAAAACCUCUGAUAUGUGGCAAAAAAUUGAUAACGGGUUCCUACAGAAGACCAACUUUCCAAAUUGCAUCGGAGCUAUCGAUGGCAAGCACAUUCGAAUGAUAAAUCCAGACGGUGGUGGAUUAAUGUUCGACAACUACAAGAAUUUCUACUGCGUAGUUCUCCUGGCCAUGUGCGAUGCAGAUUAUUGUUUUACAUAAUGUAAACAUUGGAUCAUAUGGAAAAAACACUGAUUCAUCUAUAUUCCACGACAGUACACUAUACAGAAGCUUAGAAAAUAUUGCUCUGAAUAUACCACGACCGAAGCCACUACAUGGAACAGCUACUCCAGUUGAACUAGGUGAUGGUGCUUUUGGAAUAUAACAAUAAUAUAACAAAAUCAUGAAGCCAUAUGCGCAAACUAACAUGAAACUUACGUAGACUGAGCCGUAGUGGACGAUAUAUAGAAUCGAUAUUUGGUAUAAUUUCAAACAAGUUCAGAGUGUUUCAUACACCUAUUAGUGUGGAUUUUAAUGUUACAAAGAACAUAGUUAAAGCCUGCUGUAUAUUGCUUAAUUUUAUAAGAGUACGCGAUGGUUAUCGUAUUGAAAAUACACUUACAAUUAUUGAGGAUAUGGUGGAAAUAGCAACUGUACCUACAAACAGGUCUGGCAACGCUCUGCGAGAACAUUUUGCUGAGUAUUUUUUGAGUCCUAAUGGUAGGGUGUCCUGGCAAGACUCAUGUAUAUUUUAACUCUCAAAUGCUUUGUUCGUCGGAUAGUGUAGGUAUUCUAAGAUAAAUAAAUAAAACACUUACCAAGUUUUGUUUUUCUUCCUCCAUAACAUUUUCGUAUAAUGUGGUGACAAUAUCCUCUCGGAAUUUAUUUCUUGCAUCCUUAUUUCUAGAGAGUGCAUCAGAUGCAUCCCACAAAUGCUUUCUCAGGCGUACUUUGUCGAUGACUCGACUUAUAUCUACAUUGGGCACGCGUAGCAAUCGGUGCUGACCACCGUCCGCGCUGUCAGCUACGCCUUAUUCUAAAACGCUUCCUAGACUUUCAUAUAUUUCGCCUGUCGGCGCUAACGGUCAGCGUGACUCUAAAUCAGCCAUAGAUGGCGAAGUGUCCCCAUAAACAGCAUCCAAUUUUGCUUUUAUCUCCUCGCAUUUUUCCCAUCCAAAAACAAAAAGCGAAUUACCGAAUGAUACUGCUCGAAAAACGUGUUACGCGAAUGGCUGCCAAAUCCAAACGAACCUAUCAAUCAGUCUGAAAUUUGUUGUGUCGUCAUUUGAUAUAUGGCAGCACACGAUGAUAAGACCAAUUUCCCUCAGGAACGCCCUCUGUCGUCAAACACGUGUACUUAUUGAACAUGCCUCGUAAUUUCUGAAAAACCCUAAAAAUGUGCAUAUUAAAUGCUUAAAAACUCGGCUAAAAAUUACAAUUUUUGAGGUUGUCAUCUAAAUUCAAGUUCAAGCCUUGCUCUAAACUGUAUGAGACCCCGAAGAGUAUUUAGAUAUUAGUUUAUUUUAAUGUGAUUUUUAACCUUAGAGGCUGAGGCCCAUAAAGUGCUCCAACAAAUCGAACAAUCGAUAUUUGGUAUAUUAUGGGAGCUAGAAGCCUCGUCCACCGCUUUUCAAUUUUCAAGAGCCAGCAACUUAGCGGUUGAGUAUUUUCAUUCAUAUAUACUUCUUUCAAAAUACUAAUUUUUUUCGACAGCUUCGGCAUGUUUACAGCCUGCUGAAGUGUCAAUGGUAUCCACAGUUGAAAUUUUUAUCAAUUUGUUAGCAUUUGCAAACCGACUAGCGACGGCAGUGCUAGCAACCAUUGUUGAACUGGUCGCGUUGCCGUCUCUUUGGUGUGAAAGCUACCGUCAGGUUGUAGUUGCGACGUUGCCAGUUGCUUUUGGCUAGGACGGUGCGUAACAGUCCAAACAUACCUAUUUUCAAUGCUAUACUGUAACAAGACAUCAGAAAAGACGGGUUUGAACCAUUUGUGAGAGGUAACAUUUAUGUUUCAUGUUAUUCGGGUCUCUAAAAAGUUAACUUUCUCUGAAAUUGUUUUGGUCCUAUUGGUUUAGACAACGUUGCAAAAACUAAAGUCUGUACUCAAACAUUUCAUGUCAUUUUAGCCAUUUGUUCGAGACAUUUGCGACUGAAAAUGUAAGAAAAGAAAACGUCGGAGCGUUAGCGACUUUUUUAACAUUUUGUUUUGGUAUAGCAGUGGAAUCUAUUAGCAGAAUGUGAAAUGAUUAAUAUUGCAGCCAACCCCUAUAACGAUUAUGAUACUUCGUUAAUUACCUUUACCACUAUAAAAUAGUUAUAUUUAAAAGACAUUUUAUAAUAAAAUAUUUUUUAUA